CGCGCCGCCGUCGAUCGCGUGGUGUGCUUCCAUAUUGCUGCUAGUAAGGGAGACCAGCGACAUCGGGGGUUUUAAACAGGCGCUCGGAGGGAUUUUGUGUUUUAAUCCGCAAGUGGCCACUCUGCGUCUUAGACUGAAGGAUAUUUGGUCUAGGGGUGGAGUGGAGAGAAGAGUGAGACGAGCCGGAUCGGGGGCGCACAGUUCGCGUUUUCUCUCGCCAGUUGUAGAAGGGCUUGCGGGGUAGCGAGAAGAAGGGGGAAAUGGCCACUCAGGUGGAGACCCUCCUGCCCGGCAACCCCCUGCUGAAGCCGGAGGAGCACGGGCACGGCGGCGAGUGCCCGGAGCCCGGGGCGGACGGCGGCGUGAGGCGAGGCGAGCCGGGUCCGGCAGGCAUGGCCGCUCAGGAGCCGAGCCUGAAGCAGGCGAAGGACGAGAGCAACGCGCAGGAGCAGGAGAGCCUGCGCAGGGAAGCCGGGGCUGCCCCGAAAGACGGGGUCACCCCGGAGGAGGAAGGCCCGAAAUGCACCAAAAAGGAGUUCACUGAGGCGCCCCCUCCCAAGGUGAACCCAUGGACUAAGAAAAUGAACACGGUGACCGUGGUCAGUGUGAAUGGACAAGCACAUCAUGAUCAGUCUCUUCCAGCCAAGGUGGUGAGAGCUGGGAACCCGAAGCCCAGAAGGGGGGGAAAGGUCGGAGACUUCGGCGACGCGAACAACUGGCCCACCCCGGGGGAGAUCGCCAACAAGGAAGUGCAGGUGCCGAAGAAAGCCAUGACCAAGAAGGAAUCAAAGGAGAAACGGGACAACGAGGAGAGCAAGGAAAACCAGAAGGCGAAAUCCGACGACUCGGGAGAAGAGAAGAACGGAGAUGAGGAUCUGCAGAAAAACGGUCAGAAGAAAAAAGGAACCAAGCAGCGGUGGGUUCCUCUUCAGAUAGAAGUGAAGUCCGAGGGGCCCAGGGAGCGUUCUGCUUCGAGGAACAACAGCCGGCAGAACGAGCCCAGCCGCCUCCCGUCCAGCCGGAGUGACCUCAGAGACUGGCACAGCACGAAGCACGAGCGAGAGUGGCGGGACGACCACGACGAGGUGUCCAGCGUGAAGAGCGAGGGCGCGCCCUUCCGUGGAGGGUUCAGAGGUCGCGGCCGUGGCCGAGGAAGAGGCCGGGGUCGUGGGCGGGGCGGCGGCCGAGGUCAUUUUGAUUACCAGUAUGGCUACAAAAACUAUGAAGGGAAGGAAGGGCUCUACGGACCGAAGUACAACAGCACUGUGACCUAUUACUACGACAACAUCAGCAGCACGGAGAUCUACACUGUGGACCAGGAGCUGCUGAAGGACUACAUCAAGCGACAGAUCGAAUACUACUUCAGCGUUGACAACCUGGAGAGGGACUUCUUCCUGCGCAGGAAGAUGGAUCAGGAGGGCUUCCUGCCCAUCCAGCUGAUCGCGAGCUUCCGCCGUGUCCAGGCCUUGACGACGGACAUCGGCCUCAUUGUGGAGGCUUUGAAAGACAGCAAAGAGGUGGAGAUCGUGGACCUGAAGAUCCGGCGCAGAGAGCAGCCGGAGAAGUGGCCGCUGCCUGGUUUCUGUGCCCCGGACUACAGCCAGACAGACUUCUCCCAGCUCAUUAACUGCCCCGAGUUCGUGCCGAGGCAGGCCUGUGAGAAACAGACAGAGUCUGCUCCAGGGUCUCCGAGAGCGUCCACCCCGGUGCAGUGCAAAAGCGAGGACGUGAGCAACCUCAAGACGAUGCCCAAGGGGCUGUCGGCCAGCCUGCCGGACCUCGACUCGGAAGCCUGGAUCGAAGUGAAGAAGAGGCCGAGAGCGUCGCCGGCACGACCGAAGAAAGCGGAGGAGUCCAGGUCUCCGGUGCAGCAGGGCCGCGAGGAGCCGGACGAGCCGGAGGAGCUGGACUUCAUGUUCGACGAGGAGAUGGAGCAGAUCGACGGGCGCCGGAACACCUUCACCGACUGGUCCGACGAGGACUCGGACGGCGAGAUCGACGACCACGACGUCAACAAGAUCCUCAUCGUCACGCAGACGCCCCCCUACCUCCGCAAGCACCCCGGGGGUGACCGCACGGGCAACCACACCUCUCGCGCCAAGCUCACCUCCGAGCUGGUCAAAGUCAUCAACGACGGCCUCUACUACUACGAGCAGGACCUGUGGGAGGACACCCACGAGCCCGAGUACGCCACCAUCAAGCAAGAAGUCGAGAACUUCAAGAAGGUUCACCUCAUCAGCAGGGAGCAGUUUGACAACCUGACCCCUGAGCCCCCUGUGGACCCCAACCAGGAGGUGCCUCCGGGGCCCCCCCCACCGCAGCAGAUCCCCACAGACGCGCUGGCGAACAAGCUCUUCGGCGCCCCGGAGCCCUCUGCCAUCGCCCGCUCUCUGCCGACGACGGUGCCCGACUCGCCCAAUUACCGCAACGCCCGGACGCCGCGCACGCCCCGCACGCCGCGCCUGAAGGACCCCACGCAGACGCCGCGCUUCUACCCGGUGGUGAAGGAGGGCCGGCCCGUGGACGCCAAGACCCCCCGCAAGAGGAAGACCCGGCACAGCUCCAACCCGCCGAUGGAGUGCCACGUGGGCUGGGUGAUGGACUCCAGGGAGCACCGGCCGCGCACGGCCUCCGUCAGCUCGAACGCUAGUCCUUCCGAAGGCACGCCUGCCCUGGGAAACUAUGGCUGCACCCCACAGUCUCUCCCCAAAUUUCAGCACCCGUCGCACGAGCUGCUGAAGGAGAACGGCUUCACGCAACACGUCUACCACAAGUACCGCAGGCGCUGUCUCAACGAGCGGAAGAGGUUGGGCAUCGGCCAGUCGCAGGAGAUGAACACGCUGUUCCGCUUCUGGUCCUUCUUCCUGCGGGAUCACUUCAACCGGAAGAUGUACGAGGAGUUCCGGCAGCUCGCCGUGGAGGACGGGAGAGAAGGAUAUCGGUAUGGUCUGGAGUGCCUUUUCAGGUAUUACAGCUAUGGGUUAGAGAGGAAGUUCAGGCUGGACAUAUUCAAAGACUUCCAGGAGGAAACCGUGAAGGAUUACGAAGCCGGGCAGCUGUAUGGACUUGAGAAGUUUUGGGCUUUUCUGAAAUACUCAAAAGCAAAGAACUUGGACAUUAACCAGAAACUACAGGAAUAUUUAAGCAAAUUUAAACGUCUUGAGGAUUUCAGAGUGGAUGUAAGUAUUGAAUGCUAAGCUAUAUUAUAAUGUUGUUCUCUCAUGUCAUGUUAAGAUUGCAUAUCUUUUCGCAAAAUUAUUUCGGUUAUGAAACAGUUCCAGUUUUUGAAAGUAAUUCAUGAUUAGUUUCAGUUUUGCACAUCCUAUUCAUACUCUUAAAGCACUGAAAACUUCAGUAGGAAUUGUACAGUUAGUUGCAAAUCGCCCUAAAGGCUCCUGCUGUUAAUAAAUUGCCUUUCUGUAAUCCCUUGCACUGCAGAUAGUGAAAUGAAGAUGGAACUUAAGCUGGUACCAAGUCCAGCAAGUCCAAGUCCAAAGUGAAACUCGGCUGAAUCGUUGCCAGCAGUAGCAAGCUGCUGGUUCCAAUGCUUAUUUCUCCUUAAAUCAGCUUUCUUUUCCGAUUUCUUGCAGUGUUUUCAUAUUGUUGCACAACUUGGUCAUUGUAUUGUGGAAAAGGACAGUAAUAAUUUAAACCCUUUACCAACAAAAAAUGCCCUUGCCAACUGUAACUGUACAGAUUCCAGCAGCUUGCAGAAACAAAGAGAAGGAUGUUUGAUCUAAUGUCCUAAAUUAAUCUGUCCCAGUACGACGGGGAUAUAUACUGUGCAUGCACCGCCACCUUCUUCAGAAAUGUGUGCUGUUAAGUAUAAUCAAAGAUUUUAGAAACUUAACUUUUUUUGUUUACUAAUUAUGUAGUGAGCUAUUAAUAUUUACAAACUUAAGAUGCUAAGGAUUAAAGGUAGUUCAGUCUCGUCCUUUUUGCCAUUUCUACCAAACUCAAUACUUGACUCCAAGAUGAGAUUUAGCUUUAACCAGUCUCUUUAUUUAAAAUAAACUCUUGAGAAGUUCUCGUGGAUAACUGCAGAUCAUAACCCCAGAUUUAAAUAACAUUUAAUAGGUUGAUGACGUGCUGGUCAUUUUUUAGGAUGUCAUACAGCUCAUCAGUUAUUUUUCAGACGGAGCGCGUGCUGUUCUCUGCUUGAACACGGCCUCGUGCUCGGCGGCAGGGGCUGGCCUACAGGGCUGUGGA